UUAAGUCGUUAGUCAGAAAAAUUAUUUAGGUAAAAAUGAAACCCUAAUUCCCUAUGUAGCGGUACCAUAUAUAUACUUCUUAUACAGCUCUUUUUCACUUCUCAGACUCUUACUUAGCCUUUCAUUUAUCCUUCAAAACCCUAAAAGCCGCUACCGAUCCAAACGCCAACGAAAAUGGCCGUCUCUGAGGGAUUGGUUUUACGCGGCACCAUGCGAGCCCACACGGACAUGGUCACAGCCAUAGCCACUCCCAUCGACAACUCCGACAUGAUCGUCACUUCCUCACGCGACAAAUCCAUCAUACUUUGGCAUUUAACCAAAGACGAAAAGACCUACGGCGUCCCUCGUCGUCGUCUCACCGGCCACUCUCAUUUUGUCCAAGACGUUGUCCUCUCAUCCGAUUCCCAGUUCGCUCUCUCCGGUUCUUGGGACGGUGAGCUUCGUCUAUGGGACUUAACCACUGGAACCUCCGCUCGCCGCUUCGUCGGCCACACCAAAGAUGUGCUCUCCGUUGCCUUUUCCAUUGACAACCGUCAGAUCGUUUCGGCUUCCCGUGAUCGAACUAUCAGGCUUUGGAAUACACUUGGAGAAUGCAAAUACACAAUCCAAGACGGCGAAGCUCACACCGAUUGGGUCAGCUGUGUUCGUUUUAGCCCAAAUCCUCUCCAACCAACCAUCGUUUCGGCUUCGUGGGAUAAGACUGUGAAAGUUUGGAACCUUACCAACUGUAAGAUUCGUAACACGUUGACCGGACACACCGGUUAUGUGAACACGGUGGCGGUUUCGCCUGAUGGGUCUUUAUGUGCUAGUGGAGGAAAAGAUGGGGUGAUUCUGUUGUGGGAUUUGGCUGAAGGAAAGAAACUUUACAGUCUCGAAGCGGGUGCGGUCAUUCACUCUCUUUGCUUUAGUCCGAACAGGUACUGGCUUUGUGCUGCCACGGAGCAGAGCAUCAAGAUCUGGGAUCUGGAGAGCAAGAGCAUUGUGGAAGACUUGAAGGUUGAUCUCAAGACUGAGGCCGAGAAAUCUGAAGUCACAGACAACGCAACCAAGAAGAAGGUCAUAUACUGCACAAGUUUGAACUGGAGUGCAGAUGGAAGCACCUUGUUUAGUGGUUAUACAGAUGGUGUAAUCAGAGUUUGGGGAAUUGGUCGAUACUAAAUGCUUCAGUAAUCACAAUAUGAACUUUUCGUGAAGGAUUGAUUAGUUGCCCUGUCAUAGCAGUUCCAAACCUAGUUAAGAUUUUGUUUAAAAUGUUGAAUGAUCUUUGGCUUGUUUUUCUUCUGUUUGGAUAUUGCUAGGCAUUGAUGCCUAAGCCAUUUUGGUUUGGUUGUUAAUUUAGAUAUUUUAAUUAUUGGCGUUAGUUGUUUUCCUA